CUAUUUGAAUCGGCAAAGAAGAGAGACAGUACACUGGCUAGAACAGAAAAGCUCGUUCGCAAGAUAUUUUACUUGUGAUUUCAAACUUUUUACAGUAAACGGACUUGGUGCAAACAUUACCAUAAAGGAAGAUCUCGAGGAGUGCAUAAUGAGGAGGAGUGAAGUGCUCGCAGCUGAAUCGGUGUCAUGUCUGAACAAAGCACUGUGCCGCCUGAAGGAUAUUUGGGAGGAAAUAGGAAUCCCAGAGGACCAGCGACUGCAGAGGACAGAUGUUGUAAAGAGUCAUAUAAAAGGUCUGCUGGAAAUGAUGAUCGCAGAGGAAGAGAGCCUCAGGAGCCGGUUGAUUAACAGCAUAGAUAUGUGUCGCAAAGAGCUGGACAUUCUGUGCAGGGAACUGCAUUUACCGCCGUUUGAGGAGGAAGAAGGGCACACGAUGCUGCAGCUGGAGAAGGACAUUCGAACCCGAGUAGAAGUGAUGAUGAAACAGAAGAGUCAGAGGAUGCAGGAGCUCAAAGCUCUUUGUCAGCAGGACCAGGAGCUCUGCGACAUUCUGUGCACAGACUCUUACAGUAUCAGCCCCGACUCGGUCCCCUCCCUGAAGGACCUGGAGAACUUCCGCCAACAUAUUGUCAACCUCACUGCAGAAAAGGAUCGGAGGCACAAAGAGUUUGUCUGCAUUAAGAGACAAAUUAUCUUGUGCAUGGAGGACCUGGAGCAAUUGCCAGACACUAGUUUUGAGCGGGAUGUGGUGUGUGAGGAUGAGGACGCCUUCUGUCUGUCCGAAGAGAAUAUUGCAUCGCUUAAACUGCUUCUCCAUCAGCUGGAAGAUCAGAAGGCUGUGAAUGAGGCAGUUUGUAGCUCUUACCGCACAAAGGUCCAGGCGCUUUGGGAGAGGCUGCAAAUCGCCCAGGAGGAGAGGGAGGCUUUCUCAGAGCAUAUGGCCUUGUCCAAGAAAAGAAAUAGGGAGGCUUUAGAAGCUGAGAUAAAGCGCCUUGAAGAACUAAAACUUCAGAACAUUUGGAACGUUACUGCAGUUAUCCGUGAGGAGAUUGCCUCCUACUGGGACAAGUGUUUCUUCAGCGAAGACCAGCGUCAGGCCUUUGCACCGUACUAUGUUGAUGAUAUCACUGAAGACGUUUUAAGCCUGCAUGAUGCAGAAAUCCUUCGUCUCAAACAACAUUAUGAGGCCCACAAGGAGCUCUUUGAGGGCAUUCACAGUUGGGAAGAAAACUGGACACUCUUCCAGGAACUUGAGAAAAAGACAACCGACCCUUCCAGAUUUACUAACCGUGGAGGAAAUCUUUUGAAAGAGGAGAAACGCAGGGCUGACCUGCACAAAAGCCUGCCAAAGCUGGAGAAGAAGCUGAAGGCUGAGAUCGAUGUUUGGGAGCAGGAGCAAUGCUGUGAAUUCUUAGUCAGGGGUCAGAAGUUUAUGCAGUACGUAGAGGAGCAAUGGGAGACGUACAGGAUGGAGAAAGAAAGGGAAAAACAGGAACGGCAACUGAAGAAAAGCAAGCAAACGGAGGAAGAUAUGCUGUAUGGCACUGCUAUUCGUACUCCGUCUAAACGCAGAAUUCCAGGCGCCGCCACACCUGGAAAAAUGCGAAAGUUCAAUACCACCUCCAGCAUCUAUAGCACCACUCCUAACAGCACAAUGCGCUCUGUCUUUGGGGGAACCAUCUGUCGCUCUCCAGUGUCCAGAACCCCCCUCUCGAAUGGUCUCAUGGUGCGGACACCAGGACGCAGCAAGACUCCAAAUAUGGGUCUGAUGAAGCACAACAAAGAGAACAUCUCUCACCUCAAUGGGACUGCUCUGAGUGGUGCGUCGAAGACGCCAGCAGGCUCACAACGCACCUUCAGCAUUAACUCUGUUGCCAGCACCUAUUCAGAAUUUGCGAUGGAAAUUGGCCACAUUGAUUCCACCGCCCUGCAAAGCAAGAACUUUCAAGGGCAUCCAAAUCUAACUCCAAGCCCGGAGUCUUGAACUCAACCGUCACUCAUAUUUGAUCUUGGAACGCAAGCAUAUGCACCCUUUCGCUGUCCAGUGAGGGCUCCGUGCUUUGUACAAAUGGAAUCCGUACAGUUUAACUGGUGUCUGCAUUUGUAUGUAUUAAUGAAGGUAGUGAUGUAUCGUCAAGAAUGUGGAUGCACACGGAAAUGAUGUUAUAUAAAAAGUUGUAAUAUAUUUUAUUGUAGUUAACACUUUUAAAGGCUUCUAAUUGUUGCACCGAUCAAGCGCGUCUUUGUUUUAAAUUGGUAUGCGUUUUUUUCUCUCUGAUUUAACAGUAACGGGAAGCUUCGAAAAGUGUUUUUCUGUAACUUUUUUCUACCGACUUAUUUGCUCCUGAAGGUCUACAUGGUUCGAAGUCAAGUUGGAAUUUAUGAACGCUUUCUAACACAUGCUAUUUUAACCUAAUCUGUGUUUCUACUUUUGGGUAUUUUAAUCAUCAGUUGCACAUUUUGUCACUACCUGAAUAUCACACUGCUUUCUUCUAUUUAUUCCUGACACUACGUGACACUCUCCAAGGCAUGGUAUUGAAUUGAUAUGUCUUUUUUUUAUGGAUGGGAUGGGUCUAUGUAUUUGAAUCCAACAAAUUUGACUGCUUUAUAUAGGCAAAAAUCUAUUCACAUUCGUCAUGUAUUGCAAACCCGUUUCCAAUAUGUAAAUAAAUUCCUUUUAUUUCUAAA